UUUUUUCAUAAAUUAUUUAUAUUGGAACCUACAAAAUAGGAGUAAAUGGUUUGGAUCUUCUGGAUAAAAGUGCAAAAUUCAAGCUAAUUGAUACAGCUCCGGACACACUUACACUAAUUUGUAUGUGUAGCAAAUUAAUAUGUGCCUUGCUUCUUGUCUCUUACUUUUCCCUGUUUACAGAACGCAACCCUAAGCAUCCGUACAACAAUGGCGACGACCCGAGCUCUCCUCCUCCGACCACAGCAAACCCUGACCCUAAUCCAAACCCACCUCCUCCGAUCCCUAUCCACCUCUCCUCCAAACCACCAAUUCCUAUCCGCAAAUGAUUUCCUCAACAGCUGGACCCCUCACACCGACCCCAAACAGGCCGAGGCCGAGCUCGCGCUCCUGAGGCGCGAUUACGCGAAGAAGGUGAAGGCCUAUCGCAAGGAGUACAUAGAGGAGGUGGAGUUGCAGAGGAUCGAGAAGCAGCGCAAGGACGAGGCCAAGAGGGAGGCUAUGAGGAUCGCCAACGAGGAGCGGAGGGCGGCGAAGGUCGCGUCUAAGAAGGCGAAGGCGGCAGAGAGGGAGGUCGCGGAGGAGGAGUUCAGGCAAACCCUAUUAAAAGAAAGAACACAGAAGCUUGAAUAUUGGAGGUUGAAAGAGAAACAAAUCGAAGAGAAGAAGAAAGAGAAGAAAGAACUUCUGCGUCGGAAAAGUUCCAUGUGGGUAGAUGAAGCUGAGUUGGAGAAGACGAUACUGCAAGUCAUUGUCGAUACCAGGCCCCUCUGAGCAACACUGUUGCAGAAAUGCACCUUGGUGGUGGUAGGAAGUUUAUGUGGGAUUGUCAAAUUCCUUGGUACAUGUUUCAAGCGGUAAAAUGACAUGCCAAUGACAUUUUAGGAAUCGAGGGACAUUUUAGGAAUCUUGGGUCCUAGUGGUGUGUUUUUUGAUUGAAAUGAAAGACAACAAGAAGCUACAUCAUUAUCUACAAUGUACAAGUAUUCUGUUUGUGUAGCUUGGCUUUACAAUAGAGCUAUCUCAGCAAGCGGUAUUCUUGAGUCUAUUUCGUUCUUCUAUUAAAUCUGGUGGGAAAACAUUAUUGAAUAA